UCCCCCUCUUCAUCUCCACACAACUCCUUCACUUCUUUAUCUCUAGAAGAAGAAGAAAGAAAAUGGCAACCAUGAAGGAAACCUUUAUGGGAAUGCCAGCAAUGGAAAACAAGGUGCUCUUCCUCAUCAUCCUCUCCUCAUUGCUAACAAUAGAAACUGUAACCAUUGUCAUUGCCGGUGAAUCCAUGAUCACAAACUCAAACACCAGUGUGUACUUAUCAACUUCUCAUGCUGUUCUUAAAUCCUCAUGCAGCUCCACUUUAUACCCUGAAUUAUGCUACUCUUCUAUUGCAAGCAUUUCGGGCGGUGUUGCCGAAAGUUUACAAUCAAAAAAAGAUGUAAUAGAGUUAUCUAUUAAUCUUACAUGUGAAGUAGUUUCUCAGAAUUAUUUCACCAUUACCAAGUUGAUCAAAUAUAGAAAAGAUCUGUCGCAUCGUGAGAAAGAAGCUCUUCAUGAUUGUUUAGAAAUGGUGGACGAAACACUCGACGAACUUCACGAAGCAAGAGAUGAUCUUAAAGUAUACCCAAGCAAGAAAACCCUACAACAACAAGCAAGUGAUCUCAAAACACUCGUUAGUGCAGCCAUUACUAACCAAGAUACUUGCCUCGAUGGGUUUUCUUAUAACAAAGCUGAUAAAAUUGUACGUCAGGAUUUAAUAAAAGGUCAACAACAUGUACACAGAAUGUGUAGUAAUGUUCUAGCUAUGAUCAAAAACUUAACCGACACCGAUAUGGAGAACGAGCGGUAUGCAUCCGGCAGAAAAUUGGGAGAAACGGCAGUUGACAAAGCUAGUUUUGAAAGCCAAAGCACAGACGGUUUUCCCGAAUGGUUAUCAGCAGGUGACCGUCGACUUUUACAGUCCACAACAGUGCUAGCUGAUGUUACGGUUGCAGCUGACGGAAGUGGUGAUUUUACAACGGUAUCGGCCGCGGUUGCAGCUGCACCAUUGAAGAGUACUAAGAGGUAUAUAAUUAGGAUUAAAGCUGGUGUGUAUAGAGAGAAUGUCGAAGUUCCAAAAAAGAAGACAAACUUGAUGUUCUUAGGAGAUGGAAGAAAGAACACUAUCAUCACCGGAAAUAAGAACGUCGUGGAUGGAAGCACUACUUUCAAAUCUGCUACCGUUGCUGUUGUAGGAAAUGGGUUUUUGGCCAGGGGCAUUACAUUUGAAAACACCGCUGGACCAAGUAAACAUCAAGCUGUGGCGCUCCGAGUUGGUUCAGAUUUAUCAGCAUUCUACGAAUGUGACAUGUUAGCGUACCAAGAUACACUCUACGUGCAUUCUCUUCGUCAGUUCUACAUCAACUGUUUAGUAGCCGGGACAGUCGACUUUAUAUUUGGAAAUGGGGCAGUUGUACUCCAAGAUUGUGAUAUCCAUGCACGCCGCCCUAAUUCAGGACAGAAAAACAUGGUUACAGCUCAGGGAAGAACAGAUCCGAACCAGAAUACCGGAAUAGUAAUUCAAAAAUCAAGAAUUGGUGCUACUUCUGAUUUACUACCAGUUCAGAGUAGUUUUCCUACUUUCCUUGGUAGACCAUGGAAGCAAUAUUCGAGAACGGUGGUAAUGCAAACGACCAUAUCAAAUGUCAUUGUUCCUUCUGGGUGGAGUGAAUGGGCGGGUACAUUUGCUCUAGACACAUUGUUCUACGCGGAGUAUUUGAAUACCGGUCCUGGUGCAGGAACGUCCGGAAGGGUUUCGUGGAAAGGAUAUAGAACACUUACGAGUGCAAGUGAAGCUACACCAUUCACGGUUGCCAACUUUGUUGCCGGAAGUAGUUGGUUGCGUGCAACUGGAUUUCCUUUCUCUGUUGAUCUCUAAAUUGAUUGUGCAUGAGCGCAUGAUAUGUAUGUACGUAUGUAUAUCAAUCUCUAAAUUGAUGGAAGUGAAUAAAUUAUUCAGUUCAUUAUGUCGUUUUUUAUUUGAUACAAGUACGAUGAUCAUGUUCUUGUACCAAAAUUGACGACUUUAUCUUGUUCUUGA